AUGGACCAAGUCAAGUUCCUCGCCCAUGGCAGAUCUCCAGCUGGUCUGUCCUGUCCCUUAGCUUCUUGGGCUCAGGUUAUGAUGGGAACAUCAAGGGGUGAACAGAUGGUGAUGGGAUGGACUCCAGUCACUGGGAUUAAUCUCUCCCUCCAGCUCAACCUGCUCCUAAAGAACACUCGAUUCCACACCAAAGCUGGUUAUCAGGUCGAUUUGGAGGACCGCAACAAGGUGACAAGUAGAUUUGAAAUCUUGAACUAUCAGAUUUUCCGGAAUGGCACCACAGCCCAUGUCAAAGUGGGAGAAUUUAACUCCCUGGCCCCAGCUGGAAAAGAUUUCAACAUCCUUGAGGAGAGGAUAAUGUGGUACAAGCUAUUUUCUCAGAUCCCUUUCUCCGUGUGCUGUGAAAGCUGUGGGCUGGGAUUCAGGAAAAUGGCUCGGGAAGGAAAAGCUGCCUGCUGCUAUGACUGUGUCCCCUGCUCUGAAGGAGAGAUCACCGAUCAGACGGUAGGAGUCUGCGGAGACGAUAUGGAUCACUGUGUAAGGUGUCCUGAAGAUCAAUAUCCAAAUUAUCGAAGAGAUGAGUGCACCCUGAAAAUUUUGACCUUCCUGUCCUAUGAGGAACCUUUGGGAAUGGCUCUGGUGAUCAUAGCUCUUGGUUUAUCACUCCUCACUGCUCUGGUUUUGGGGAUAUUUAUAUGCCACCGGGACACACCCAUAGUGAAAGCUAAUAACCACACUCUCAGUUACACCCUCCUCACAGCCCUGCUGCUGUGCUUCCUGUCCUCCUUGACCUUCACUGGUUGUUCUGGCCUGGUGUUCUGUGUCUUGCGACAAAUAGUCUUUGGAGUUGUCUUUUCUGUGGCUAUUUCCUCCGUGUCGGCAAAGACCAUCACUGUGGUCUUGGCCUUCAGGGCUACCAAGCCAGGAAGCAGAAUGAGGACUUGGUUGGGCCCCAGGGCAUCCAGUUCCAUUGUCCUUGUCUGCUCCCUCGUUCAAGUGGGAAUCUGUGUUUUCUGGCUGGGAAGCUCCCCACCAUUCCCCGACGUGGACAUGGCAUCAGAACCUGGUCUCAUCAUUGUCCAGUGCAAUGAGGGCUCCACACUUGCCUUCUACUGCGUCCUGGGCUACAUGGGGUUCCUGGCACUAGUCAGUUUCAUUGUGGCCUUCCUGGCCAGGAGGCUACCCGACAGCCUCAACGAGUCCAGGUUCAUCACGUUCAGCAUGCUGGUGUUCCGCAGCGUCUGGGUCUCCUUCCUGCCCGCGUACCUGAGCCUCCUACCCCAACUGAAGAACUUUCAGCCUGCCCCCAGCAUGCUUUGUGCUCCAGUCAGGCUGCCUACCAGGGAAUUGACACUGGCUCCCCUCUGCACCACUGAGGAGACCCCAGAUUCCCAUCUGCUUUCAACCAUCAUGGCAGGAAAGGAAUACAACAUUAGGCUCCUUAAAACCUCGGGAAAAUUAAUGACCUCAGUAGCCAUCUUUGUGGUUUUGAGUUUGCUGUGGACCCAGUAUCACAACUUUCAGGAUCCCGAAUGGGAGGGUCCCAGGCAGAGUGUCCUCUCCGUGGAUGAGAUUCCGAAAAUCAUACCAAUGCUGAUUUGUGUCUGUUACUAUUACAUGAGAUGCGUCUAUCAGUUUUCCAGCAACUAUAAGUUUGUAUGCGAUGUUCAUUAA